AUGAUUGCACAUGAAGGGCCUGUCACUGAGGAAUUACUGGGGAGGACACCGCCAGAUGAGCCUUCGCCAAUUGAUCCAAACUCGCAUAUGUGCCUGGAAACAGGCAGCCGUGCAAUCGAUGGUGAAAACCAUUCCAUUACUUUGCCAGAUUUGUUUUGCUCUAUUAUGGCUACCAAACCAGCUGUGAACCCACACUACGUUGGAGCGAAAACCAAAUAUACAUGCCUUAUUGUUAAUGCUCUUCAGGAAGAUGAUGAAUACGGAGCAAAGAUCUACAACCUUGACUAUGCUUAUAUGCCUGCGAUAUGCGUACCAUACUGCGACGAAGCUGCCUUUCAAAUACUGGUAGACUAUAACGUUUGGGUAUUUCUUUUUGAUGAUCAGUUUGACGAGGGAGACCUGAGGGAUAACCCAGUUGCAGCUCAGGAGGAAAUAGAAAGCACCAUGGCAAUCAUGAAUGGAACACGGCCAUCUGUCUCAGCUUGCGAGGAUCCCCUUGGAUACGUGUUUCAGACAAGUAACAUGGCAGCGGCGCAACAUCGGAUAAGAGAGACACACCGAGAAUUCUUCCGUGGGCAACUUCAACAAGUCAAAGAUACACAUGACUUGCGACCAAAUUCACGCGAUGUACAGCAUUAUUUGGAAAUGCGAAGGAAGACUAUCGGUGCAACAGCAACCUUCACCCUAUGCGAAAUUGUUCUCGGCAUUAAUCUUCCGCCACAUGUUAGAGACCAUCCAUGCCUUCAAGAGUUAAGCUUUCUCUCAAUAAAAAUGAUACAUCUCGUUAACGACCUUAUUUCUUAUAGAAAAGACCUGGAAGAAAGAUCCGAUCACAAUUUGAUUAUUGUUCUUAUGGAACAAGGUAUAUCUACUCAAGAUGCUGUGGAUAAAAUUGGCGAGAGGCUUAAUGAUUGCUAUAAACGAUGGUAUGCUAUUCUAGCCGAUUUGCCUAUUUGGGGGGAAGAAAUCGACCGACAAGUCCUGGAGUUCAUUGAUCUUCGUAAGGGCCUGGCCCUAGGGAAUCUCCACUGGAGUUUCAAGUCAACACGUUAUCUAGGGACUGAUGGAGAAAAGACUCGUCAUACCCGAUUAUUGAACCUUCGUGGAGAAAGUAAUCCAUAG